GCUGUGAGUGCGUGUGUGUGUAGUGUCUCUCUCAUGACUGGCGAAGAUUUUUUUCUAGUUUUUAUCCUUGAAAGACAGGAAGAUAAAUACAAAACAUGUCUCUCUUGUAGCAGUCACCGUGCGAAGGUUUCCCAACUGGUGCGGACAAAUAUUCUAACGAGACACGAGACAUUUUUUUCGGUGUCAGGAUGGACGGUUCCCAAGAAGCUCUUCGAACUAUCGAAGAAAAACAGCCCUUAAUACACCUACACGUGGAUCGUCCCUUGUAUGAUCAGCAGACCUUAAAUGAAACCUACAAUUAUGAAAAACCAAAAGUAAACAUUUCCUCUAAACUGAAAAAAUCCUUGGCACCAGAUAGUUUUAAAAAUUGUGUCUCAAAUAUGGUACCAGCAGUAAGUUGGCUCAGAAGUUAUAAGUGGAAAGAAGAUUUCAUGAGCGAUGUAGUUUCUGGUAUUACGGUUGCAAUCAUGCACAUUCCUCAAGGUAUGGCUUAUGCCAUGUUAGGCAACGUGCCACCAGUUGUUGGCAUUUAUAUGGCAUUUUUUCCUGUACUUAUUUAUUUCGCUCUAGGAACUUCAAAACAUGUAUCGAUGGGAACCUUCGCUGUUGUUUGUCUCAUGACAGGUAAAGCUGUAACUGCAUACUCAGCCCAUGAUGUAAUUUCGAGUGAUUCGAAUUUUACAAAUGUAGACAUUGAUACCGAACUAAUAAAUGCUGAAGAUGGCUAUACACAUAUGCAGGUUGCAACUGCGGUGACUUGCAUGGUCGGAAUAAUGCAGCUUCUGAUGUAUGUAUUCCGAUUAGGAGUUAUCAGUACACUUUUAAGUGAGACCUUCGUAAAUGGUUUUACAACUGGAGCAGCUAUUCAUGUUCUAGUUUCUCAAUUUCCUGAUCUCUUAGGUGUAAAAUUGCCAAAACGUAAAGGGUAUUUUAAGAUUGUAUAUACGAUUGUAGACUUAUUUAGUUUUUCAGAAACCACGAAUGUGGCUGCUUUGAUCAUAUCAACCGUAUCAAUUAUUAUCAUGGUUAUAAAUAACGAACUUUUAAAACCCCAAGUUAGCAAAUUGUGCAAUUUUCCAAUCCCUAUCGAAUUAAUUGCAGUCGUCAGUGGAACUUUGGUAUCAACCUACUGGAAUCUACCUUCAGAAUACGGAAUUCGAACUGUCGGUCAUAUUCCAACGGGACUCCCAAACCCGGGGAUACCGAGUUUUGAUUUACUAUCCACUGUUGCGUUGGAUAGCAUUGCAGUGACUAUGGUUUCUUAUACGGUCACCAUGUCUAUGAGCUUGAUAUUUGCUCAAAAACUUCACUACGAUGUGGACUCUAAUCAAGAAUUGUUUGCCAUGGGUGCUGGAAACAUAUUUGGAUCAUUUUUUUCUUGCAUGCCAGUCUCGGCAUCCCUUAGCAGAUCUCUGAUUCAACAGACAGUUGGUGGGAAAACUCAACUGGCGAGCAUUGUUUCAUGCUUAAUUUUGCUUUGCAUCCUUUUGUGGAUUGGUCCAUUUUUCGAGCCAUUACCAAGAUGUGUUUUAGCUUCCAUAAUUGUGGUCGCCUUGAAAGGAAUGCUGAUCCAAGCAAAAGCCCUUUUCAAAUUUUGGAAGCUGAGUAAAACCGAUGGGUUAAUCUGGAUCGUAACUCUGCUCUCUGUAGUUUUAAUAGGAAUAGAUGUUGGGUUAUUAGUAGGAAUUUUAGCCUCACUCGCAAGUAUUUGGAUACACAGUAUAAAAUCCUAUACUUGUCUCUUGGGUCAUAUCCCAAAUACGGAUUUGUACUUAGAUCAAAGUCGAUACCAAGGUACCAAGGAAAUUCGAGGAACAAAAAUUGUCCAUUAUUGCGGAAGUUUAAAUUUCGUCACUGAAGGGCAGUUUCGAACGCAGAUACAAAACGCUGUAGGCAUUGUUCCUCGGAAGGUGUUAAAACACAGGUUGAAACUAGCGAAAAGGGGCUUAUACUUAAACGAAAAUGACUGUGAUAAUGAUGAUGUGCAAUUUAUAAUAGUUGAUAUGAGUGCUUUAACAUAUAUUGAUCCAACCGGAGUCAAGGCUUUGCGCGAAAUCGUUGAAGAGUUCGCACAAAUUGAAAUUCCAGUUUAUCUCGCAGCCUGCUCGGUGUCGGUUUUUGACAAUAUACAGAAGUGUGAUUUGUAUGAAAAAGGGAUAUCUAGUUUUAGAAUUUUCGCAACAAUUCACGAUGCAGUAUUUUAUUCAGAACGGCCAUUAAUUCCAUAAAAAUAACGGUGUUCGAGACAACGCAUUUUUUAAAAGCUACAUGACGCAGUUUGGUACAAAUCAUAUAUGGUAAUCAGUGCCUCUCGUGUACAAAGAUUGUAUGAAGAAUAGACUUUAUAUUUUUUAUGGAGCGUUAAAAAAAGAGUAUUCUAUAACGAAACAGGAAUGUCAGAAAUCAAUAUAUAACACGAUAACGAAAUAUAAAAUU